GCAAUGUCUAACAACAAAAAUUCCAAAUUUUCUUCUUCUGUGCCUUGUUCAUCUUCUUCCUCUUCAAAAACAACAUUUUCUUUUUCUUCUCUUUCUUCUUCAUCAUCCCCAAAAUGUUCUUCUUCUCCAUCAAAAUCUUCAAAAGCCUCCAUUGCCUCUUCAAAUUUAUUUUCUAAAAAUCUUCGAUUGUUAUUUUUGUUUUUAAUUUUUUGCUUAAUUCAACAAAAUUCUGAAGCUUUUCUUUUGUCACACAGAAAUUUGUUUGUGCCAUUUGCUUCAUCCAAAGGUGCAAAAACAGUAUUAUCAACAGUUAUUAAUCAAGUAAAAGAAAAUAAUCAAAAGAAAAAUGAAGAAGAAGAAAAUAGUUUAUUAUUUUCUGAACAACAAAAAAGUGGUGGACAUCAACCAGUCCGUCUUUUAGGAUUUAUGGCACUUCCAGAAGAGGCAGUCAAAGCUUUACAAAAUCAACUUUUAUUUUCUUCUAAAAAUCAAAAAUCUUCUUUUACACAUUCUCGACGUAAAAGAAUGCAUCAUUUAAGCAUUUUACGAAAAAUUGGAACUCCACAUGGACAAUUAUUGUUGGGAGGGGGAAAUGGAAGGCUUUUUGGUCCACAAAAGGAAACGAGGGAAUUAAAGAGGACAGAGCCUCUUUUUCUUGUUAAUUACUAA